AUGUAUCAUAACAGACCCAGGGUCUCUAAAUGGACGUCAAGAAAUGUAUUAUAUUUGUGAAAUAUGGUCAAGUGUAGGUCGUCCUUGUCGCUCCCCUUGUUAGGUCAUUGCUCAUGUUUUAACAACCUCAAAAUGUUUCGUGGCAUCGGAUAUAUUUAAAUAGCAAAUCUGACACUGUUCCAACUUCAUGUAUUUACUGUCUGGUGUGGUGCGUUUUUGUCGUUCAGAGGUGGAAUAGGCUUAUCUAAUGUUUUUGAACGAAUGUUAUAAACUUUAGUCUAGACUGGUGAUUGCGGGCCUGCUCAGAACCACCUUGGCGAUAUUAUUACGCUUUUAAAGGCGCAGCGGCAUUUUGAAUUUGCAGAGAUAUGGCAGCAGGUUCACUGCCUGCACAUUCGAUCCUACAGUUUCAUUUUAAUAGGCACUAUCGGAAUACCACUACCCACCUACAUUUUAAAUUAACAUUUCUGAAAAAUAGUGCAUUGGCUUCAUAUUUUAUUAAGGCUUUAACAUUAGUUUAACUAAUUAAAAGGUAGACAUUAAUGUAGGUCUAUACUGGUUUGCAAAUCAUUAAUCAAAAUGUUGAAGCCUCCACAUGACCCUUGAGCAAAACUUUUUAUGAUAAUACAAAACCCCCAACCAAUAUAUCUCUUUAGGAGACUUUUCAGGUUCAGGUGAAAAUGGUCCAGCCAAGUCACCCCUGAUACAAGUCAGUAUUCGACGUCCGUCCAUGUCAGAGGAAGUCAGGAAAUUAUGUGGAAACUGGCCACUAGGGCAAACAAGUGCCCACAUACCGAAAGAAGGAUGGAGGAUUUCGCAUGACGGCGCCCCAGGCUACAAUGUUUUUAGUGCUUCAGUGCAGAAGGUACCAAGCUUUGUGGGGCUGAGAGAGGGAUUGAAAGAGGGAGUCAGUACAGAAGCAUACCAGAGCCACAGUGAGAGAGGAAAUGAGAGAGACACCUUGAUGGUGAUAUCCUUCAUGGAGGUGUACAAUAAGAGCCUAUGUCAGCCCAGGGAGCUGCUGGUAGAGAUCGCACAGGAGUACCCAGAGGAGGUAGAACAUAUCUUCAUCCCAUCCUGUGUGGUGCUGACGCGCUGCGCAGGCUGCUGCAACGAUGAGAUGCUAGAGUGCACGCCAACCUCCACGCAUAACAUGACCAUGGAGAUAAAAAGAAUAAAACCCCAAAGGCAGGAAAAUGACAUCUUUAUGAGUUUUACAGAACACAGUGCAUGUGAAUGCAGGCCAAAGAAAGAAGUGAAAGAACAGAGACAAAAAAAACCCCGGAAAGGCAAGGGCAAAGGCCAAAAGAGAAAGCGAAAGAAAAACCAUGACCAAAAGAAUCGUGAAGCUCAGUGCGAGCCAUGUUGUGAUGGCUGUUCAGAGAGGAGGAAGCAGGGGUUCAUCCAGGACCCUCUGACCUGCCAGUGUUCCUGCAGAAACUCCAAUGCCCACUGCCGGGCGCGUUACCUGGAGCUCAACGAGAGGACCUGCAGAUGUGACAAACCAAGAAGAUGAGAGGCCAAACUUCAGAUGAAAUGACAUGAUGGAAUAUUCACAAGAUGUUUCACAGCUCAGCACUUUGAACUUUAAACUCUAAGCUCAUUUUCUCUGUGGAGAGCAUUCCUCUGGACUGACUGAGAAACAGCAGAGAGAGAAAGAGAAAGAGAAAGAAAAUGAACAGACAGAAAAAUCAUCCCAAUGUAGAUCUGUAUAUACUAAAGUAUAUACUAAAAGUACAGAAUUUUUAUUGCUGCUAAAAGAAAACUAACUAAAACCCAUCAUUAUAAAAAAGCAAACAGCUGUGUGGUUUUGUAUUUCACUGGCGCGUGACCGGACUGCAGUUUUGUUGUAAUUUCAUUUAUGCAAAUUCUUCACUGGAUAUAUAUGAGGGGUUAUGUGUCGAAUCAGAAACAACAACCUAGCUAUGUGAUACAUAUAUCAGCAGAAAAGAGGAGGAAGAGAAGAAGGGAGAACAUUCUUGGAGGGAUGGAAAGUACUGACCCAUAGACUCCCGUUGCAGGAACCCAAUUGCAAUGGCAGGACAGGCAAUGGGAAAACGGGGAUCUGUCCCUUUGUGACAAUUUCUUUUACCUGAAAGCAAGUUCUAGAACUGAUGCGUAGAACUUGUGGAAUGCUAGAACUGUCUUUUGCUGCCCUUUCUAGCAGUGGAACUGGAUUUGGAGUGCCAUUAAUACUUCUAAAGGGAUACUGAUGAUUGAUUUUGGUAUACAUGGAAACCUCGAGAAACAACUGAUACUGUAGCUUGAUUCCAUUGAGAAACUGUGCCUCAAAAACUGUGCUGAUCACUUCAGAGUGAGAAAUCCUGAAUCUGCUUCUUAAAUUAUUAUAUUUUUUUCGGAGGGGAGGGGGAUGGUACGCUGUCUGCGGUUGAACUCAAUACAGAAUGCAAUAGUAUCGAUGGCAAGCUGUCUGUCUGUAUAUAUACUAUACAUACUUAAUAUCCCUUAUGUCAUUGUCCACUAUAGAUAAUUUAUAAUGUUAGAGUAUUUUCAGUAUUCAGUCCUCUACCCGUAUUUAAUUUGAUCUAUUUAUAUAUACAGUGUUAUGUUCUUUUGGGUUUCCCCCCUCCCCGCUAUGUGAUGUCAUUAUCGUCUCCUCUCUGCCUAGCUACAAGGAGACACUGCUCUUGGCUUUUAUAAGAAAGGAAAAUCUUUAUGUAAACAUUCCUCAAAUGGAUCAUUUGUAUGGACGGCCUUUUUAAGGUGGGGGUGCUGCGUGUGAUUUUCACCCUGCUCGUGUGUGCGUGUGUGUGAGUGUGUGUGUGAGUGUGAGUGUGUGUGUGUGUGUGGGGGGGGGGUUUAGAGGCAGAGUAGGCUUAUGCUUGUCUUGAGCUCCACCACGCAAAUAACAAUAAACCCUUGCUAAAAGAAAGCU